GCGCGCAACUUCAUAACAGUUCCAAACGUGAGUGAACGAACAUAUUAGUAACGACACAUUUGUGCGUGUUUAUUGUGAAUAUACGUGUGAAUAAGAAGUUAUUCGUGAUAUUUUGAAGAAGAAAUGGUUAAAGUACCAGCGAUUGGAAUUGAUUUGGGCACGACCUACUCCUGCGUAGGCGUGUGGCAAAAUGGAAAGGUGGGAAUCAUCGCCAACGACCAAGGAAACAGAACAACUCCAAGUUACGUCGCCUUUACCGACACGGAAAGGCUCAUCGGCGAUGCGGCCAAAAAUCAAGUUGCCAUGAACCCUCACAACACCAUUUUCGACGCGAAAAGACUCAUCGGCCGAAAAUACGACGAUCCAAAAAUACAACAGGAUAUGAAGCAUUGGCCUUUCAAGGUGAUAAGCGAUGGGGGAAAACCGAAAGUGGAAAUUCAUUUUAAGGGCGAAACGAAAAAAUUCGCUCCAGAAGAGGUCAGUUCGAUGGUGCUCACGAAAAUGAAAGAAACUGCAGAAGCCUAUUUAGGCGGUUCCGUCAAAGAUGCCGUUAUUACAGUACCGGCAUAUUUCAAUGACUCGCAGAGGCAAGCCACUAAAGAUGCUGGAGCUAUUGCCGGAUUAAACGUAUUGAGAAUUAUCAACGAACCCACGGCGGCUGCUCUUGCUUACGGCUUGGACAAAAAUCUCAAAGGCGAACGUAACGUUUUAAUUUUCGAUUUGGGUGGCGGUACAUUUGACGUAUCCAUACUCACCAUCGACGAAGGUUCGCUGUUCGAAGUCAAGUCGACUGCUGGCGACACUCAUCUUGGAGGUGAAGACUUUGAUAAUCGUCUGGUCGAUCACUUCGUAGAAGAAUUUAAAAGGAAGUAUAGGAAAGACAUACGUAACAACCCCAGAGCUUUACGUCGUCUCCGUACGGCUGCAGAAAGGGCGAAAAGGACAUUGUCAUCGGGCACCGAGGCAAGUCUGGAAAUUGACGCCUUGUGUGAUGGUGUUGAUUUUUACACGAAGAUCUCCAGGGCUCGCUUUGAAGAACUGUGCUCCGAUUUAUUCCGUGGAACCCUACAGCCCGUUGAGAAAGCACUCACAGAUGCUAAAAUGGACAAGGGAUCAAUCCACGAUGUGGUACUUGUCGGUGGUUCGACUCGAAUUCCCAAGAUUCAAUCUCUACUUCAAAAUUAUUUCUGCGGGAAACCACUGAAUCUAUCGAUAAAUCCAGAUGAAGCUGUGGCUUACGGUGCAGCGGUACAAGCGGCAGUGCUUAGCGGUGAUACAAGCGAUAAAAUACAAGACGUCCUCCUGGUCGAUGUCACUCCACUUUCUUUGGGUAUCGAAACUGCUGGUGGCGUCAUGACCAAAAUCGUUGAACGUAAUUCACGCAUACCCUGCAAACAAACUCAAACAUUUUCAACCUAUUCCGAUAACCAACCUGGAGUAAGUAUCCAAGUAUUCGAAGGCGAACGAGCGAUGACCAAAGACAACAAUUUACUGGGCAACUUUGACUUGUCCGGAAUUCCACCAGCUCCUCGAGGAGUUCCAAAGAUUGAAGUUACCUUCAAUAUGGACGCAAAUGGAAUACUAAACGUCUCUGCCAAAGAUACCAGCUCUGGAAAAUCGCAACAAAUUACAAUUAAAAACGACAAAGGUCGGCUAUCGCAAAGAGACAUCGACCAAAUGGUGGCGGAUGCUGAGAAAUACAAAGAAGAAGAUGAAAAGCAACGAACCCGAAUCUCGGCCAGCAAUCAACUGGAGGGUUACGUUUUCAACUUAAAACAAACUCUUGGCGAUGUUGGCGACAAGUUAUCGGCGGAAGAUAAAAAUGUAGUCCAGAAUGCAUGCGAUGGAUGCCUGAAAUGGUUGGACAACAAUUUACUUGCAGAAAAGGAGGAGUAUGAAGAUCAACAGAAACAGCUUACACAUCUAUGCAGUCCAAUUAUGUCCAAAUUAUACGCAAAUGCUGGAACGCAAAGUGGAGCUAUGCCUGGAAGCUGUGGGGAACAAGCAGGAAGAUUUAAUGCGCAAGGUCCAACGAUUGAAGAAGUAGAUUAGUUAUUAUUUGAGCAGUAAUUAAUUUAGGUAUUUUGUAUAUAUAUUGACAAGACUGAUUACCUAGAUUAAUAAAUUAUUUUCUGUUAUCA